UCUGUGAUCGGUUGAAUAUUUGAAAUACAGAACAAGUCUUCUUGUUAGACUGUGACACUUACAGGAUUUAAUUGGCAAAAAUAAAUAAAUAAGGAAACCGGUGAACAUUUGCAAAUUGACACGAUGCUUUGCGACUGAAACGAACUUAACGGUAGCAGAUAAAGACUCUUUCUGCUGAACAAAGAAGGGAGGAAGACGGUAUCAGCAGCAAGUUCAGACUAACACCUCGAGGGAAGACGGAGAGAAAAUAGCAAUGUUCAAAACGAUCACCCGUCUGCUUUUUGGGGGAGAAGAGGAGACCCCUAAAGAUGUCAAGUCCGGUGAAGCGGUGGAAGAAGGGUGGCUUGUUGUGAGUCGUCAAGAAGCAGGUUCAGCAGAGAACCAGGGUGCAGAGCUGACGGACACCCAGUCAUCAAACCCUGCUCUCCAAGGAGAGACUGUUGCAAACGUGCAAAGUGACAUCAGUGUUUUAGAUCCAGAGCCCACAGUUCGAAGCAGCAGCAGCAGCAGCAGUCAAGCCAUCACAGGCUCUGUUUCUCAGCCGAAAGCUGUGUUAGAAGUGACACAGUUAACCUGCAUCCAGAAGGCUAAAACCUGGACAGACCCACACCACAUGUCUCGUAACGCCAUUCAGCGCCAAAACCGCGUUCGCCAAGGAGUCCAGCAUCACUCCUUCCACCUCCAGCAGCCAGGACAUCGCAACCUCAGCCACUGAGGCUCUGGUUGUAAAACUGCAAAUGUUAAGCGUGAAAUAAUUAAGACGCAUUGCACUUCACACUCCAAUACACACACAUUUUUGUCUUGUGCACAUUUAAGCUAUACAUCUGAUCUAGAUGUAACCCAUCACAACAACAUGACAACAGGCAGCGACAUUAUAUAUAAAUAUAUACUCGUACUGUAUAAGAAUGUUGAAAUGAAGAUGUUCACCUCAUGAAAUGAGAUGCACUAUGUUUUCAUGUUUGUGUGCAUGUGGAUGAGUGCAUCCUUUGCAAAAUGUAUCUUCUAGCAUUUUGGACAUUUUCUUUGCGUAUCGAUGUGCAUUUAUUUAGCUUUGUGUAAUUGGUGAAAAUCUUUUUUUAUACGGCAAUAAAAAUGUUGACUUUGCAGCUUGUGCUUUUAUUUUAUUUUUGUCAAAUUUUCAAAUGUCCAAAUGGCAGUGAACUGCUGACAAUUUGACGGAUGCAAAUGUUGAGAUCUCAUUGGUUGGGGGGUAAUUGCACCUGCUGUGUUUGAUUACAUGGUUAGCUAAGGGAGGGGUGCAGUUUAUGGACUUUUACAAUCAGGAGGCCUGUGAAGAACUGUGUUCGUGAAUUGACUUAGUCUGUGUGUGAGUACAAUGAAAAUGGAAGUUUCUCCUGAAACAAAACUUAACAAGCAGUUAAUAUUCAGUUACAAUAGUUUUGCUGGUUCAUCGGAAUUGGCUGAUGGCUCAAGUGACUUCACCUGUGACUUGAAUAAAAAUGACCUCAGCCAUCUCCCAAAGGACGUCCCUCUGAAACAGCUGGCCUCUGGUAGCCCAAAUGUGUUGGACUGUAGCCUGUCCGACCUCAAAGAGACAGACAAGGACCGCUCCAGUCAGGACACAGCCAUUUGCGUCUAUGCUGUAUCUAUCACCUUUGCCAUUGGAGUCACCUUUGCUUUGAUCCUGCAUAUUUAUCUGGGUGUAAGCUUGGUGUUUGUGAAAGGUGUGGUGGUUUCGGAUCGCGAGCGCUGCACUGCACUCGGCCAGACGGUCCUUCGUGAUCGUGGAUCCAGUGUGGAUGCAGCCAUCACUGCCACCCUGUGUUUGGGUGUUGUGCAUCCACAUGUGUCAGGUGUUGGUGGAGGUGGGCUGAUGCUGGUUCAUGACAUCCAAAGGAAUGAAACCAGGGUGAUUAAUUUUCAGGGAACUGCACCGACAGCACUUAAAGAGGAGAUGCUGCAAAGUGUUUCUGAACUAAAGGCAGGUCUGCAAGUGGGUGUGCCAGGUCUGCUCAGGGGGUUACAACAUGCUCACAGCUUGUAUGGGAGGCUAUCAUGGGAGGAUGUGGUCACCAGAGCCGCAGCUGUUGCCAAAGAAGGUUUCAAUGUAUCUCUCAGUCUUGCUGAGGCCAUUUUAAAGGUAAAAGGUGAGCGGCUGUCGCAACGUUUCAGGGACACGUUCAUGCCAGGUGGCCGAGCUCUGAUUCCUGGUUCGUUUCUGAGGUCGUCCAGUCUGGCUGGAGUCCUCGAGGCUGGUCUGCCAAACUUCUAUGAUGGGAACUUCUCACGAGAGCUGGAGGAUGAGGUGCGAAGAAAUGGAGGAGUCCUGAGCAGAGAAGACAUCAGUAACUACAGUGUACAAGUAGAGCAGCCAGUGGAAGGCCUGUACAAUGAAUUUAUUAUCCAAGUUCCUCCUCCCCCCUCUACUGGUGCAGCGUUGAUAUCGGCGCUCAACCUUUUGGAGGGCCUCCAGCUCAAUGGGAACAAUAACACAGGAAAUCAAACGCAACACUGGAUUGCCGAGGCUCUGAAAGGAGCUUUGGCUAUAGCCAGUGGUUUGGGUGACCCUUCCUCUAACUCUUCAGUGACUGAGCGGCUCUCUGACAUGCUGAGUAUGAGUCAAGCUGAAAUGCUUCGCCAGAGGAUCAAUUCCUCCCAUACCUCUCCACCUGAGUACCACUCCUUACGGACAGAGCCGAUGGCUGGGCAAGUAGUAGUCGUGGGGCCAGAUGGACUCAUCGUGUCAAUUGCGAGUUCCUUGAGCACGCCAUUCGGGAGCAGAAUCAUGACUGGGUCGGGUGUCAUUCUCAACAGCCUCAUCCUUGACUUCUCCUGGCCAAUCAAAACCUCAGGGCGACGCUUAACCAAUCAGAAUAACAGAGUCCAGCCGGGAAAGAGGCCCCAAACAUCUCUCAUGCCCACAAUAGUGGUGCCAGCGCAGCAUAAAUGUGGGAUCUACAUGGCACUAAGCGGUUCAGGUGGACAACAGGGUCUGAGUGUGAUCACCCAGGUGUUGAUCAGUGCACUGUCCUUCCACAAAGAGAAAAAUGAAAGCCUCUCCCCAAAAGGACUCCUCCCUAAUCGUCAGCCAAACAGACGUCUUGUUGACCCUGAGUUUCCAGAGGAGAGGGUGCGGUUUGAAAAGGGCCGCACAGUAACGAGAGUGAAGACGAACUCUGUUGUCCAGGGGAUCCUGAGGAACAAAGACAUCAUUACUGCCAUAACGCCUCAAUUAUCUGAUCUUUUGUUACAGUUCUCAUGAACUUUUUAUUGUGAAAAAUCUUCCAAGAGCAUGUUAUGGUAGCAUCUGGAUGAGCUAAUGUUCCACUGCAUGAUGUAAGUUUAUAGUUGUUCUGUGCUUGAUACUCUCAUGUUAUUGUGAUCCCCAGCCAGCAGAGGGCAGUCAUCCAACAUGUACUUUCUAUUAGGGCAAAUUUGUCUAUCCAUAAGAAAUGUCUUCAAAACCGAUUAAAGGAAUA